AAUAUAUCAACUUUGUUUAAAUAAGAUAUUAAUUAAAAACAUUAAAAUAUUAAAUAAAAUUAAAUGCAUCAAAAUAAAAUUUAAAAAAACAAGAAAAUAAAUAGCUGAACUCAUCUUUCCCAGACUCCAAAUCAGGAAUUUUUAUUCAAAUAUAAUAAAUCCUCUGCCAGACUGGCUGGGAUGGGAUCAUAGAAGCAAAUUCAAAAACUGAAUAUUGAAAUGGAAAAAUUACAGUGCUGUUGGCACCAGUAUUGGAUUACAUGUAGAGUCCACUGAUAGAGAGGGGUAAAAAAUCUAAUUAUGUAUUUUCUAGAAUAGUAUUGCAAAUGUGUUUAUUCAAGAAAAUUACCAUACAUUAAUAUUUCAUCGUCCUUCCUGUCUUAAGGACAUCUUCAGUUAAAUUAGCUGCAUAAGUACAGACUUUAUUUUUCAUUCUCAGUGCCUUUUUUCAAAGUAAAUUCUUUGUGGUGUCACACUACUAGUUCUCCAUUUUCUGUAUCUUUAGGGCUGGCCAAGUGAUGCUAUCAGGGUCAAAUUAAAUUUUCUACUACUAACUCCUGUAGCCUGCAGAGCAUUUUUCAUUCAGUAAUUCUGCAACUCAUCUGUGAAUUGUGGGUUUGAGUACAUUAUUAUACUUGGGUAAUUUUACAAAUGUAUCACGUUGUCACUCAGUUUUAAAAGACAAAGAAAGGAUACAGAAUUGGGAAUCUCAGGCUUUCUUCUGAUAAUUUAGAGAAUAAUUUAGAUACAACUGCAGGGAAUGGUAAGCAAAAGCGAGGGAAUAUAGAGUAUUUAUUUCGGUAUUGUGUUCCCAUUUUCUCCUCCUUGGAGAAAUGCUGCAAGUCAUAUUUCAUUUGAACAUAUAAAUCAAUGUUUUCUAUGUUUAGAUAAACUCAUUUUAUCACGGGUAUAAUUCUUCAGGUAGGUUACCUUCAGCUACCAAAUAUUCCAAGAGAAUAACUGAAUUAAAUAGCUUGAAAUUUAUACUGUUCUCUCAGUGUUUUACUCUUUUGACUCUCUCUGACAAAAAAGACAAGUUAGAUUUGAGGAAACCACAGAUGAACAGCAAAUGAAAAGAGAGCGGCUCCCGGCGAAGCGCCAACUGAUCCGCCCAAGUAUUGCAUCAUACCGGAAUCCGUACGUAUCGAGUAUGAAUGGUUGGGAGGUCGAGGCUGAGAAGAAUGAUUCAGUGAUCCCACGGCGAUUUAACUUGAGGGAAAUUUGGCGUUGGUCAGGAGGGGCGAUAGCGGCACCUUUCAGACUAAACCAUCGCCACCAACGAGAGGCUGAGACUGAAUUCAAGACCUCAUGUCUGAUUUAAAGAAGAGAGGCUCGGGGUCGGUCCGAGAGACAGGGGGAGACUCCGGUCUGGUGGAAGAGAAAAUGAUAGCAGCAGAUGCGAACGGGGAACCGGGUACGUCCCCCGACUGGGACCAGGAUAGCCCGCAAACAGCACCCACGGAAUCAAACCGUGUCGUCUUAAAGCGAACCAUUACCCUAAGGAACGGGGUCGCUAUUAUUGUGGGAACCAUUAUCGGCUCAGGUAUCUUCAUCACACCCACUGGUGUUGUGCGAGAGGCCGGCUCGGUUGGUUUCUCGCUCAUCAUCUGGUCCAUGUGUGGCGUUUUCUCCACCAUCGGAGCGCUGUGCUACGCAGAGCUGGGCACCACCAUCAUGAAGUCGGGAGGGGACUACGCGUACAUCUUGGAGGUGUACGGCUCUCUCAUGGCUUUCCUCAAACUCUGGAUCGAAUUGCUCAUCAUUCGGCCCAGCUCACAGUACAUCGUGGCGCUGGUCUUUGCGACUUACAUCAUCAAACCCGCCUUCCCCCAUUGCGCCGUGCCCGAAGAUGGAGCCAAACUGGUGGCUUGUCUCUGUAUCUUGUUUCUGACUGCAGUGAACUGCUACAGUGUAAAGGCAGCUACAAGAGUGCAAGACAUCUUUGCUGCAGCGAAGUUGCUGGCAUUGAUUCUCAUCAUCAUUUUGGGCUUGGUGCAAAUUUUUAAAGGUGAUACUCCUUAUUUGGAACCUAAACGAGCAUUUGAUGGGACCACAACAGAUGUGGGAAAAGCGGUACUGGCAGUUUACAGUGGUCUCUUUGCAUAUGGUGGCUGGAAUUACUUGAAUUUUGUUACAGAAGAAAUGAUUGAGCCAUUUAAGAAUCUGCCUCGAGCUAUAAUGAUCUCCUUGCCAAUUGUGACAUGUGUGUAUGUGCUGACCAACUUGGCAUAUUUCACUACCCUGUCUCCUGAGUUAAUGCUGCAUUCAGAAGCAGUGGCCGUGGACUUUGGGAAUAUCCACUUGGGCAUAAUGUCCUGGAUUGUCCCUGUAUUUGUAGGGCUUUCCUGUUUUGGUUCUGUCAAUGGAUCGUUGUUCACCUCAUCUAGAUUAUUCUUUGUGGGAGCAAGAGAAGGUCAUUUACCCAACCUCCUUUCAAUGAUUCACCCAAAUCUGUUUACCCCUCUACCAUCAUUAAUAUUUACUUGCUGGAUGACCUUGAUGUAUGCAUUUUCUGUCGACAUAUACUCUGUCAUUAACUUCUUCAGUUUCUUCAAUUGGCUGUGCAUUGCAUUGGCUAUUGUUGGAAUGAUGUGGUUACGCUAUAAGAAGCCAGAAAUGGAGCGGCCAAUAAAGUUUAAUAUCAUUCUCCCAAUCACUUUUGUGCUCGCCUGUAUUUUUUUGAUUGUUGUAUCCAUAUGGAUGACACCUGUGGAAUGCGCCAUUGGUUUUGCCAUAAUCCUCUCUGGAAUCCCGGUUUAUUAUAUAGGAGUUUACUGGAAAAACAAACCCAAGUGGCUUUUGAAUACAAGCGAUUCUAUUACGAUUUUCUGUCAAAAGAUUUUGGAGGUGGUACCUCAAGCUUCACAAGAAGGAAGUUAAGCUCCUUAAGAAAAACCCACAAAUAAACAAGCUGGAGUCACAAUUACAUGGUCCAAAGUUAACUUCUGUUUUUUUUUUGGAAUUAUUUCUGUUUAUCUUCAAGAUGGAAGAUGAAUUUGUCAUCUCAAUCUUUUGAGAAGUCAUUAUGUCAUCCUUUUAUUAGAAAAGGACAUGGUUGCCUAAUGUUACGUCUGGGUGAAGAACGUGUGAAAUGCUUUAAAUGUUAAUAUGUGUGCUCUUGUUGGUUUUUCAUGCUAGGUCCAUGAUAGUUCUGCUCUGUGUUCCCUUUUAAGUAUGUAAUUGAACACAUUUCAGGAACCCUUGUGCCUGCUAUAAAAUCCAGGAUGUGAUAGGACUAAAUUUUUAAAACCAAAAUCUGGAGAAGAUUGAUUUGGGCCUCCAGGCCUUCUCUACAUUGACUGCUUCAGAGAAAAAGCAUUUUGUAUCUUAAAUAUUGGGUUGCUUAGUCAGAACUGCAUUUAAAACUCCUCAUGGAUCCCUGAUUUUUGUAAUCCUUUUGUAAUUCAUUUUAGUUGAACAUAUUUAAAGACUAAAUGCGCACAUUGUCCGGUCAACAACAAACUGCUGCUUUAUUACCCAUGCUGCCAGCAGGGACCAGUGGUACAAUUUCCCUCAACAUCCCAGACUUUGGAAGUGAAAAUUGGUUAAGGUGUUUUUUUUCCAUUUUCUCUUGAUGUUGGAGGUGUUAUUAAAUUUUAGCUACUUACUGUAAGAUCUUGGCUUUGACUCCUCUGCAGUUAAAUAACUUGCUGCACUCCUGAUCAGAACCCAUUCUUCAGUCAAGUGUAUAAGAUACUAGAUGGUAUCCAUUACUUGUGGACCUAAGUUCCAGUAUGAAUAAAUGCUUCAUGUUUUUGUUAUCACCUCUGAAAUACUUCAUAUUGCUGUACAAGAUUUAGUGGGGUUGAUGCCGGGCCAUUUUUAAGCAAAUGAAGGCUUUCACAACAUACGGUAUCCCUCCAGUAUGGAAACUAGGGCCCAAAUUUAUGAACACUAUCUCAAACUGCUACUGGCUGUUACUUAUUUCUGGAGAGUGACUGCACAUUUUACCUGAUAUAAAUGACUCCACCAGAAUCUUUGUUUUUAAUCCUAGAAUAAAAAUAAUUCUAAAUGCAAUGAUUUAGGAUCAAUCAGUUUUAAAGGAACUGUUUAGUAUUUCUUAUUUAUUAAAAUUAGUAUUUGCAUAUCUUCAUUAUCUGCUGAGGCAACUGUAUAAGAGGUAACUUUUAUUUAUAAGAAUUGAAUCACUGACUUAUUACAUAAUUCUUAGAAAAAUUUUCUGAAGAUGCAAAGUGUUUAUGAAUGUAUCAGCAGUGUGAAGAAUUUAAUUAUUUUUCUUCAAUAUUGUACUUCUUGCUUCUAAUUUAUGUGAAAUGUUUCUGACACCAACAAGUUAAAUAUCACAGCAGUAAACCAGAGGUUCUUUGGUUCAUAUACAAUUCAUCACAAUCUUGUAUAAAAAUUUAUGGAGCAAUAAUCAGGUCAAUUGAAGACGGCUUCUAAUCUGUUAUUUUGCAUUGAUUUUCUGUGUGCUGAGGAAUUUAAAGAUGCAAUAAUGAAAACUGCAUGUAACUAGUUAGCUAUAAUGCCUUAUAAAUAUUCUGGCUGCAAAUGUAUUUACUGCAUUUUAAGACUAGUUUUGAUUGGUGAUGUUGGUCUUGUUAAAUCUAGAGCAUUCUCAAUGUGGUCCUGAAAGUGUGUUUAUGGAUAAUAAUUAGAUGACCCCAACUCUAUUGGAGAAAAGAUUAAGUGCUGCAACUUGACUUGAGAGGAGUCUUCUGGUGAUCAUUUCAUUGUCUUCUGUAAAGCAGAGACCUAACAUUUGUUUGUGUUUUUAUUGCUGUUGUAACUGCAAGGCCUCUUGGCCAAGAAAAUGAAGCCUGAAUAAGCAAUCCUCUGGUACAGUAAAUGAUAAAUCUCCCACUUUCAGUUAACCAUUCAGUAGAUUCAUAAAAUCCAGAAUCAGUGUUUACUACUUACAGGAGUGAAUUGCUCGUGUUUCAGUGCUACAUCUUGUCAAUUUGUAAGAUGCACAAAACAAUCUUUUUAUGAAGUUGUUUUACUUGUAAUAGAAAUGAUGUUAACAGUAGUAAUGAUGUUAAGUGAUAAUGUAAAUGCACAAUAUUUAAGGAUGGUUGGGAACUUAUUUUUAAAAAUGUUGAUCAGGUUUGCAUCUCUUUGCAAUGAAAUUUCAGCUUCUAUAAGUCUCCAUGUAAUAUUUUGAAGUAAUACUGGGAAAAAAAAUCUUUUUAAUGUUGACAUGCUCAUUUAAUUUAACCACUGUAUCUUUUAGUUCAUUGAGGUAAUUUAUACUUUUUUAAUUCCAUUUAAAGUGUCCACCACAGGAAGGCAGUGAUUUUAAAAGAAGAACAAAUUUUGGGUGGGGUAGACGAAUCUACCUCCUCAAUACUGCUUUUAAAGGCAGUAUACUGAACUUCAUAGAUACUGUAUUUACCUAAUCAUCUCCUGACUUAAACCAAUAUAAAUUCUUGUGUGUGGAUUAACACAGACAAUUAAUUAGAGAGAUGCUCCUUUUCCUAUUUCAUAUGUUCUUUUGGAUUUGAAGACCAUCUUGACGCUGUUAAAAACACUGGGCUUUUUUUUUCCCCAGAUCAUAAUUUUCUUCUCUCUGCUAAUGUUAUAGCCAAAUAAACUUUUGUUUAGAAAAUGUACAAUUCAUUAUUGUAGACUCUCAUGGAAAGUAAACAGCAUUUUUCUAUA